AUGCGUAUUGUUGUUACACGUCAUAUCAUUGCUAUCGUUGGAUUAAUUCUCUUAAUCAACAUCGCGUUUGUUAAACUGGAUAGUACUAAAUUCACUAACGAAUUCGUUUUACAUGUGAAUGAUGGCGAACAGGCGGCACGAUUACUAGCAGAGAAAUACCAAUUACAAUUCGAACGACAAGCUAUACCAAAUGAGAAUUACUUCGUAUUCCGUCAAGCAAUCAAUAGCCGAAGACGAAAGCGUUCAGCGAAUGGAUCAGAUCGCGAACUUGUUAGAGAACUCCAAAGCGAUCCAUUGAUUGAUUGGGCUGAACAACAGCAAGUGAAAAAACGAGUCAAACGGAAUGUGAUGUAUUAUCAACGAAUGAAGUCAUUUCUUUCAUCGACAUUCAAUGAUCCUGAAUGGGAUAAACAAUGGUAUAUGCAUGAUGAGAAUGAACAUGGUCGUGCAAUGAACAUAUCUGGCGCCUGGCGUCUUGGUUUUACUGGUAAAGAUGUUGUCGUAACCAUCCUUGACGAUGGCAUAGAGAAAGAUCAUCCCGAUUUGAUUCAAAACUAUGAACCGCAAGCAAGUACCGAUAUCAAUGGUUAUGACAAUGAUCCUCAACCACGUUACGAUCCAACCAAUGAAAACAAGCACGGAACGAGAUGUGCUGGGGAAGUUGCUGCGGCAGCAAAUAAUAAUAUUUGUAGCGUUGGGGUGGCUUAUAAUGCACGAAUUGGAGGCAUUCGUCUCUUGGACGGCGAGGUGACCGAUUUAGUCGAAUCGAUGGCAUUGAGUUUUCGGCCAGAUUUUAUCGAUAUUUAUUCUGCUAGUUGGGGUCCGGACGAUGACGGAAAAACAGUUGAUGGACCAGCUACAUUAGCUCAGGCAGCAUUCGAAAACGGCAUCAAAUAUGGUCGGCAAGGUCUUGGUUCAAUUUAUGUAUGGGCAUCAGGAAACGGCGGAAAAGACGACGAUAAUUGCAAUUGUGAUGGCUAUACGAAUUCAAUUUAUACAGUAUCUAUUUCGAGUGCAACGGAAAAUGGCAAUAUACCUUGGUAUUCCGAAGCAUGCUCCUCCACGUUGGCUACAACUUAUAGUAGCGGAGCGUCGGAUGAAAAACAAGUCGUCUCAACAGAUCUGCGGAGUCAAUGUACAGAAAAUCAUACAGGAACAUCGGCAUCGGCACCAUUAGCAGCCGGAAUGAUUGCUCUAGCACUUGAAGCUAAUCGUAAUUUAACUUGGCGAGAUGUUCAGCAUUUAAUUGUAGAAACAGCUAAACCAAGAUACUUAAAUGCACUAGACUGGAAAACGAAUGGAGUCGGCCGACGUGUUAGCCAUGCAUUUGGUUUUGGAAUGAUGGAUGCUGCUCAGUUCGUCUUGAAAGCACAAAAGUGGCAAACAGUUCCAUCUCAACAUAUAUGCCAUCAAACUGAUCCAAAUAUUGUUGCCAAAACAUUCAAAAAACAUGAACGGGUUGUUAUCCAGAUGUACACCGAUGGUUGUCUGAAUACAGAAAAUGAAAUUAACUUCCUUGAACAUGUCCAAUCGAAACUCUCUGUUAGAGUGAAAUAUCGAGGAAACUUGCAAAUCUUUUUAACUUCACCCAUGGGUACAAAUUCCACAUUACUAGGUCGACGAGUUGAAGAUGACUCGGCUGAUGGAUUCAAUAGUUGGCCGUUCAUGACUGUACAUAAUUGGGGAGAAUCACCUCGUGGUGUGUGGACAUUAGAAAUAGUUGACGUAGAAAACAAUGUUAUUUUUCUCAAUUGGUCCUUGAUUUUCUAUGGUACUCAAAGUAAUCCCUCACAUAAAUUAGCAACUUCUACUCCAUCGAAAGUUGUCGCCGCGAAUGUUCACCUUCAUCCAUCCGAUGAACUCAAUACGAACAUCGCUCGUUCACGUUCUGCCAACCAUCAUAACUCUUUUCACACUCGUCAUCGAGAGAAAAACCGUAAAAAUAAACAACAAAAUCACUAUUAUAUCAAACAUCAUUAUUACCCGUAUGAACCUAUUUCUUCGUCCUCUGCAACUUCCUACUAUACUGAUGAUCAAUAUCAACUCGAUAUGUCGAAGUCACAUCGAACACAACCGUAUUUGACAUUAAUUCUACUGAUCGCCGUUCUUAUUUGGCAUUCUGUUUAG